AUGUUCGACAUCCUGGAAGCGGAUGUAGUUUGCUUUCAGGAACUGAAGAUUCAAUCCAAGGAUCUUCGAGAUGAUAUGGUCUUGAUCCCGGGGUGGGAUAGUUACUUUACGUUUCCGAAACAUAAGAAAGGAUAUAGCGGUGUAGCAAUAUAUACCCGUCAAUCUAAGAUAUCGCCUAUCAAGGCCGAGGAGGGGAUCACAGGUCAUCUUCUACCGACCGGUGCUACACGUAAUACGUCGUAUCGGGACCUUCCGGAGGACCAGCAGAUCGGUGGUUACCCUACCAUCGACAAGGAAGAUGGUGUGGUUCUGGAUAGCGAGGGUCGCGGUCUAGUUGUGGAUUUUGGGCUCUUCGUGCUGAUCGGCACUUACUGUCCCGUUGGAAGAGAGGAUUCUGCUAGGCAGGAUUUUAGGAUGGCGUGGCUUAAAGCAUUGGAUGAACGAAUUCGAAACUUAACGAAGAUGGGGAAGAGGGUGGUUACGGUUGGAGACAUCAACAUUGCGCCGGAGCCGAUAGAUAGCGCGGAUGCGUGGGAAAUGCAAAAACGACUGGGGCCAGAUUCGUCCGAGAUGCUUGAGUGGAAUGAAACGCCAGCUAAGAAACUGUUGCGUAGCCUCUGCGAACCCUCGGAGGAGGCGGUGAUGGUUGAUGUUGUACGGCAGUUCUUCCCUGAUCGGGUGGCGAUGUAUACACAUUGGGAAACAAAAAUCAAUGCUAGACCUGGAAACUAUGGUUCAAGGAUAGAUUAUGUUGUCGCAUCCUCGAGCAUGAAGGAUUGGUUUGAAAGCGCAGAUAUACAAAACGGGUUACAUGGGAGUGACCACUGUCCAGUAUACGCCGUGCUAAAGCCGGAAAUUGAACUAGACGGCGAAAAGAGAGUGCUUCUGGAUUUGGUAAAUCCUGCUGGCGUAUUCGUUGGUGGCGAAAGGAAACAAGAACUUCCCCCGCCGCCGAAGAUGUCUGCACGGCUAAUUCCUCAUUUCCGUGGGCGGCGAAGUAUCAAAGACAUGUUCCAGCGUAAAACAGUGGCAAAGGUCGUUUCUAUAGCUGGCUCAUCGACGCAGGAGCCUGCAGAGCCUAGUGGUGAGAAUGAUAAGGCACGGGUAUUGGCACCGACUGAAGAUGCGGAUUUGCCGUCAACGCAAGUUGAACCAGGCUCUCGUCUUGCGAAAAGACCACUGGACAACGAACCCAACGACGAUCCUCUCGAUCUACCAGAACCUAGCCAAUCGACUCCUAAAAAGGCAAGGACUGCUGCGGUUGCCUGGACUGUGAAGCUCUCGAAAUCCAGGCAGACGGGACGCAGUUCCCAGAGCCCCAUGAAGCCAUCAUCCCAGUACACCCCGACCCUAAUAGCAUCGGAAUCUUCAAUUUCAGCCGAUUGUUUGGGAAGCAGCUCCCAGUUGAGUGUAGUAUCUAAUGAUGAUGAGACUACCUCUGAGGCUCCCGGACCAGAUACGACGCCUAAAAAGGUAGUCGACCUUGUUGAGUCGCGGGCUUCCUGGAACAAACUAUUUGCAAAGCCCUCUGCACCUCUAUGUGACGGGCACAGCGAACCCGCGAAGAAGAUGCAGACUAGAAAGCCGGGCCUGAAUAACGGCCGAUGGUUUUGGAUGUGUGCGAGACCGGUUGGACCUUCUGGGCCGAAGGAAAGAUCAAGAAGAUCUAACGAUGAGUGGAGGUGCGACUAUUUUAAGUGGUACAGGUAG